AUGGACGCACAACAUACAUUCCUUAAUCCAACAACUUGCUUCACUGUCGCCUGCGUUGCCUUUUCCAUCUUGGCCCUGUCGGCGGUCUGGAAGAAUCAGCCAUCACCGGACACGAAAGUCAACCAUGAUCCACCCAGGCCAAAGCCAGUUCGGAGGCGAGCAGUCGACAGCAUCUAUGUGGCAGAGAGCCCUUUGCGACAUAUCGUCCAGCACGACGACGGAGAGAAACCACCGCCUGCACAGCACUUAUCCACCUUGGUCAGAUUGUGUUCGGAUGUCGCGCAAGGCCUGCGUUCAAGCGAUCUCGUAUCGACCGGCGACCGACUGACGACAGCGACGUUGCUGAGCGAGCUGGCCAACUUGACGACCAACCUCUGUCGCUUGCAGCAACAGCUGGCCGGACUCGAGGAUGGCAAAAACACCGCUGUAUCUGCAUGCUUGGAUACCACGCUGCUCGGCCUCCACGAGACGCUCCUCUUCGCUCGUGGCAUCGCAGACCACUCAGGUCCCCAUAAGGAUGAGCUGCUCACCGCCGUGCUCCAACAGUUGCGAGAUCAACGACCGCCGCUGGCUUUCCUUCUGGAGCAUGCGGAUGGGAAGACGACUUUCCCGCCUACACCUCCGUGCGACGCCGACAUGAUUGUCAGCUUGAAGCGUCAAUCAUCGAGCGGUUCUAGCCUCCUGCCGCCACCAGUGCCCACCGGCCUCACCCCGGCGAUGGACACGAAAGCCUGGAUCGAGCCUCCUCCAGAGUACUCCCCACCCAGCGCCAGCUCCAACAUCAUCCUUCAAGACUCCAAGCUCGACCAAAAGAUCCCCAGCCCACCGGACUCCUUGGAUGCGAACAUCUCGGCAACAGCAUCCGAACUCCACGCAGCCAUAACAACAAACUCCCUCUCCACCCUCCAACAACUCCUCGCUACCCCUUCUCUCGACCCCAACAUCCCCCUCGACCCCCACCUCCGCACCCCACUCCACCUCGCCGCCCACCUAAACCACUCCACCCUCAUCCCCCCUCUCAUCCGCGCCGGCACCCUCAUCUCCGCCCAAGACGUCGCAGGCGACACUCCGCUCCACCUCGCCGCAUGGUCCGGGCACCUCGAAUCUCUCUCUGCCCUCCUCGCGCACGCAGACGCUGAACAGGUCGACCCUCUCUCUGGAAGAGACGGCACCACGCCCCUCUUCUGCGCCGUCACAGCCGCACAAAUCGACUGCGCGCGCCUCCUGCUCCGUCGCGGCGCAAGGGUGUCGAUGCGCAGCGAGUCCAACGGCAUGGGCCUCCUGCACCAAGCCGCCGUCAUGGCCCAGGGUGCCAUGGUCGAGCUCCUGCUGGAACGCGGCGCGCCCGUCGACGCUCGGGACGACGAGGGCAACACGCCCCUCCUCUCCGCCGCCGCCGCAGGCAGUGUUGCGUGCGUGCAAGCUCUCCUCCGCGCAGGCGCGGAUAUGGAAGCGCGACAGGCACAGGGGCUAGGAGCGGCGCAUUGGGCGGCGCAUAAGGGGCAUACGGAGGUGAUGGGGGUUCUGAUCGCGGCUGGGUGUGAUGUAGAGGCGCGGGCGGAGGAGGGAGCGACGGUAUUGUGUUUGGCGGCGAAUCGGGGGCAUGAGGGGGUUGUAAGGUUGCUGUUGAAGGAGGGGGUGGAUGUUAGGGGGAGAGGGGUUUGGGAUGGAAUAGAGGGGACGGCGGGGGAGAUGGGGAGGGGGAAGGGGUUUGCGAGGGUGGCGAGAUUGAUUGAGGGGAGGGGGAGGGGGUGA